AGAGGGCGGGCUAGCAAGAUGGCGGCGCCCAGGAGCCGGUGAGGUGAGAGGCAUCCUGGGGUCCUGGGGACGGCUGCACCAGUGCGUUAUGGCCGCGUCCCCGCACACCAUUUCCUCGCGCCUCCUCACAGGCUCAGUAGGAGGAUGUAUCUGGUAUUUAGAGAGAAGAGCUAUACAGGGAUUGCCACACAGUGUCACACGUCUGCUCAGGAAUGUCAGUAACCAGUGGGUCACGCUCCAGCACUUGAGCUUCCUCAAGCGCAUGUAUGUCACACAGCUGCACAGGGGCCUUAGCCAGCGAGUCAAACCAAAGCCAGAGCUGCCGGCGUCUCCUUUCCUUGAACACACAUCUUCAGAGCAGGCUAGAGCGGAAGAGGAUGAGCUGCCAUCUUUCCCAGCGCCCAGUCGGCCUCUGUCCCGGAAGCCAAGUGAGGAGUUGGUGGAGCGGGAGGCGACCUCCAUAGUGGACCAUUCCCUCGACACAGCCAAAGAGAAAAAGGAAGAAAGGCAGUGGAAAGAGAUGAAGCUUCACACUGACGAUCUGCCUGGCAUUUUGGCCCGGCUGUCCAAGAUCAAACUCACAGCUCUUGUGGUAAGCACCACUUCAGCAGGCUUUGCACUGGCUCCAGGCCCUUUCGACUGGUCCUGCUUCCUGCUUACAUCCCUUGGAACCGGCCUCGCAUCCUGUGCUGCCAACUCCAUCAAUCAGUUUUUUGAGGUGCCAUUCGACUCAAACAUGAAUAGAACAAAGAACAGGCCUCUGGUUCGGGGGCAGAUAAGCCCAUUGCUAGCCGUGUCUUUUGCCACCUGCUGUGCUGUGCCAGGAGUGGCCCUUCUGACCUGGGGAGUGAAUCCACUCACAGGGGCCUUGGGGGUCUUCAACAUUUUCCUGUAUACCUGUUGUUACACACCACUGAAGAGGAUCAGCAUCACCAAUACCUGGGUUGGAGCCGUGGUUGGAGCCAUCCCUCCUGUCAUGGGCUGGACGGCCGCCACUGGAAGCCUUGAUGCUGGAGCGCUUCUUCUGGGAGGGAUCCUGUACUCCUGGCAAUUCCCCCACUUCAAUGCCCUGAGCUGGGGCCUCCGUGAAGACUACUCCCGAGGAGGUUACUGCAUGAUGUCUGUCACCCAUCCAGCCCUCUGCCGGCGGGUGGCACUGCGCCACUGCCUGGCCCUGAUUGCUCUGUCGACUGCUGCCCCGGUCCUGGACAUCACCACCUGGGUCUUCCCUGUCAUCUCCCUCCCCAUCAACCUGUACAUUUCCUACCUCGGCUUCCGCUUCUACGUGGAUGCAGACCGCAGGAGCUCAAGGAAACUGUUCUUCUGCAGCCUGUGGCACCUGCCGCUGCUCCUGCUGCUCCUGCUCACCUGUAAGCAGCGGCCCGGGCAGGAGCGGGACAAGGGAGAGGCUCCGAGCCCAGAGCCAGCCGGGGUGUGGGGAACAUGAGAGCAGACACGUGCAGACAGACACACGUACAGCACUGUCCUGGGCCAGCAGGAAGGGUAUUUUGGUGAUUCUGGCUAAGAGAGUUGGAUGGUGUCAGCUGGUGGCAGAUCAUCUGGUGCUGUGUCGUCACUUACCCGUCCUUUUAAUAUUAAUAUCCAAACUGCUUCCCAAACAAGAAAGGGACUAGCAUAUGGGGUCAGUACAAAAAAAAAAAAAAAAAAAGAAUAUUUCUUCUCUUGGAAAGUCUUUAUGCAUCUUUCCCUCCAGCCCUGUGUUCUCUCACCCACAUGAUAUAUAUGCACAUCCUCCUCCCUCCACCCCAGGCCAGCCCCGCCCCCGACACACACGCAUAUGUGCACACACACACACACACAUGUGUGCGUGCAUACUCACCUCCUGGAGGCCACUGUGGUCAAACAGGUGAGUGCUUGUGACCCAACCUCUGUAGUUCCACAUCUGGAAGCUCCCACACACUGCCUCAGAAGAACACAUAGUGUGGCUACAGCACGCCUUCUCUGCCAGUAAGAUGGGGCCUGACUCUACCCUACCAGUGUUCUCAACCACAUAUUCCCUCAAGUAACACAGCACCCGGCCUGGGCUGCUCACUGGGAGUGGGGAUUCUAAACGGUUGCCUGCAGAUCCCAGGCCACAUGGCCAGCACACACCACCACUUCCAAUCCCACCCCAUACCAGGAGUUCAGAAACCCCAGGAAAUACGCCACGUGCUCAUCAUGCUCUCAGGCAUGGGCUCAGCAUUUCUUUCUGGAAGGGCAUCACUCAGCCUAACCUGAGGGAGAGGGUGAGCUGCGUCAGCAACCGUUUUGUGCCCACUUAUCUCUUGUGCAAACCACAUUUCCACACUGGCGCCUCCUGAGUCCAGAGGCGCUGGCCUCCAUGCCCAGUGGUAUUCAGAGAGGGCAGCAGGGCUCCUAGUGGCCAUGGGUCCAGCUCUGGAACUCCAUGGCCUCUGAUGUAAAAUGCAGGGACCUGUAGGUCUUCGGACUGUUGUGUACUCCCAGGGCUACAGAGAGCAAUGCUGCCUUAAAAUUGUGGAGCCAGCCGGGCGGUGGUGGCGCACGCCUUUAAUCCC